GGGGGGGCGGAGUCAGGCGUCUCUGGGGAGCUCCGGCCUCCUUAAAACGCCCCGCCACCGCCCGGGCCUGCUGUCUCACGAAGGCUCCCCACUGGCCCAGGCUAAGAUGCCCGUGCCCAAACCAGCUGCCAAGAAGUCCGCUGCCAAAGCCAAGGAUGUCCCCAAAGCACCCGACCCAGCCAAGGAGGCUCCACCUGCCUCACCCAGUGCAGAGCCGGCCCCUGAGGACCAGUCGCCUACCGCCGAGGAGCCCGCCGGGAUCUUCCUGAAGAAACCGGAGACUGUGUCGGUAGAGACGGGGAAGGACGUGGUGAUCACGGCCAGGGUGAACGGGAAGGAACUCCCGGGAAAGCCCGCCAUCAAGUGGUUCAAAGGGAAGUGGCUGGAGCUGGGCAGCAAGAGCGGGGCGCGCUUCAGCUUCAAGGAGACCCACGACCCGCAGAGCAACGUCUACACCGCGGAGCUGCACAUCGGGAAGGUGGUGGUGGGCGACCGCGGGGACUACCGGUGCGAGGUGAAGGCCAAAGAUGCCUGCGACAGCUGCAGCUUCAACAUCGACGUGGAAGUCCCCAGCCAGGACAGCGGCAACAUCCUGGAGAGCUUCAAGCGCUCGGGGGAGGGGAAGUCUGAAGACGCCGGCGAGCUGGACUUCAGCGGCCUCUUAAAGAAGAGGGAGGUGGUGGAAGAGAAGAAGAAGAAGAAGGACGAGGAUGACCUGGGCCUGCCCCCCGAGGUCUGGGAGCUGCUCAAGGGCGCCAAGAAGAGCGAGUACGAGAGGAUCGCCUUCCAGUACGGCAUCACCGACCUGCGCGGCAUGCUCAAGCGCCUCAAGAAGGUCAAGGUGGAGGUCAAGAAGAGCGCAGCCUUCACCAAGAAGCUGGACCCCGCCUACCAAGUAGACAAAGGGAACAAGAUCAAGCUGGUGGUGGAGAUCAGCGACCCCGACCUCCCGCUCAAGUGGUACAAGAACGGGCAGGAGCUCAAGCCCAGCAGCAAGUACGUGUUCGAGAACGUGGGCAAGAAGAGGAUCCUCACCAUCAACAAGUGCACGCUGGCCGACGACGCCGCCUACGAGGUGGCCAUCAAGGACGAGAAGUGCUUCACCGAGCUCUUCGUCAAAGAGCCCCCCGUCCUCAUCGUCACCCCCUUGGAGGACCAGCAGGUGUUCGUGGGGGACCGCGUGGAGAUGGUGGUGGAGGUGUCGGAAGAGGGCGCCCAGCUCAUGUGGAUGAAGGACGGCGUGGAGAUGACCCGCGAGGACUCCUACAAGGCCCGCUACCGCUUCAAGAAGGACGGCAAGCGGCACCUGCUCAUCUUCUCCGAGGUCUCCCAGGACGACAUGGGCCGCUACAAGGUCCUGACCAACGGCGGCCAGUGCGAGGCGGAGCUCAUCGUGGAGGAGAAGCAGCUGGAGGUGCUCCAGGACAUCGCGGACCUGACCGUGAAGGCCUCGGAGCAGGCCGUGUUCACGUGCGAGGUGUCCGACGAGAAGGUGACGGGCAAGUGGUACAAGAACGGCGUCGAGGUUCGGCCCAGCAAGCGGAUCACCAUCUCCCACAAGGGCCGGAUGCACAAGCUGGUCAUCGAUGACGUCCGGCCCGAGGACGAGGCCGACUACACCUUCGUGCCCGACGGCUUCGCCCUCACCUUGUCGGCCAAGCUCAACUUCUUGGAGAUCAAGAUCGAUUACGUCCCCAAGCAAGAGCCCCCCAAGAUCCACCUGGACUGCUCGGGGAAGACCUCGGAGAACACUAUCGUGGUGGUGGCCGGAAACAAGCUCAGGCUGGACGUGGCCAUCACAGGAGAGCCCCCUCCCACCGUCACCUGGCUGAAGGGGGAUCAGGUAUUCGCCGAGACGGAGGGCCGAACCCACGUGGAGCAGCGGCCGGACAGCAGCAGCUUCGUGAUCGAGGGGGCCGAGCGCUCGGACGAGGCCAAGUACACCAUUAAGGUCACCAACCCCGUCGGCGAGGACACGGCCUCCAUCUUCGUCAAGGUCGUGGAUGUGCCCGACCCUCCCGAGGCCGUGCGCAUCACCUCCGUCGGGGAGGACUGGGCCAUCUUGGUCUGGGAGCCGCCCAAGUACGAUGGCGGCCAGCCCGUGACCGGCUACCUCAUGGAGAGGAAGAAGAAGGGCUCCCAGCGCUGGAUGAAGCUCAACUUUGAGGUCUUCACGGAGACCACGUACGAGUCCACCAGGAUGAUCGAGGGCGUCCUCUACGAGAUGCGCGUCUUUGCCGUCAACGCCAUCGGGGUCUCCCAGCCCAGCACGAACACCAAGCCCUUCAUGCCCAUCGCUCCCACGAGCGAGCCCCUGCACCUGACGGUAGAGGAUGUGACCGACACGACCACCACGCUGAAGUGGCGCCCGCCGGACAGGAUCGGGGCGGGGGGCAUCGACGGCUACCUCGUGGAGUACUGCCUGGAGGGCUCCGAAGCCUGGGUGGCCGCCAACAGCGAGCCCGUGGAGCGCUGCGGAUUCACCGUCAAAGACCUGCCCACGGGGGCCAGAAUCCUCUUCCGCGUGGUGGGCGUCAACAUCGCCGGCCGCAGCGAGCCGGCCACCCUGGUCCAGCCGGUCACCAUCAGGGAGAUCGUGCAGCAACCCAAGAUCCGGCUCCCGAGACACCUGCGGCAGACCUACAUCCGCAGGGUGGGAGAGCAGCUCAACCUGCUCAUUCCGUUCCAGGGGAAGCCACGACCCCAGGUGGCAUGGACGAAGGGGGGGGCGCCCCUGGACACGUCCCGCAUCCACAUUCGGACGAGCGACGUGGACACCGUGUUCUUCGUGCGCCAGGCGGCUCGCUCAGACUCCGGAGAGUAUGAGCUGAGCGUGCAAAUCGAGAACAUGAGAGACACGGCCACCAUCCGCAUCCGAGUUGUGGAGAAGGCAGGGCCUGCGGAGAAUGUGAUGGUGAAGGAGGUGUGGGGCACCAACGCCCUCGUGGAGUGGCAGCCCCCCAAGGAUGAUGGGAACAGCGAGGUCACCGGCUACUUCAUCCAGAAGGCCGACAAGAAGACUAUGGAGUGGUUCACUGUUUACGAGCACAGCCGGCCCACCAGAUGCACCGUCUCUGACCUCAUCAUCGGCAAUGAGUACUAUUUCCGGGUGUUCAGUGAAAAUAUCUGUGGGCUCAGCGACUCUCCUGGCGUGUCCAAGAACACGGCCAAGAUCCUCAAAACAGGGAUCACCUUCAAGCCUGCGGAGUUUCGGGAGCACGAUUUCCGCUCGGCGCCCAAGUUCCUGACCCCACUGCUGGACCGCGUGGUGGUGGCAGGCUACUCUGCGGCUCUCUACUGCGCUGUCCGGGGGCACCCCAAGCCGAAGGUGGUCUGGAUGAAGAACAAAAUGGAGAUUCAUGAAGACCCCAAGUUCCUGAUGACCAACCAGCAGGGCAUCCUGACCCUCAACAUCCGGCGGCCGAGUCCCUUUGACGGCGGCACCUACUCCUGCCGGGCCUUCAACGAGCUGGGCGAGGCUCUGGCUGAAUGCAAGCUCGAGGUCCGAGUGCCGCAGUGAUCCCGCCCGAGGGCACGGGAGACCGGAGAGGCCCCGCCCCGCCCCGCCCCGCCUCUGCAGCUCUUGGCCAACACGAGACUUGACCCAUCCCGAGGCUCCUGUCGUCAGUGAAGGGGGGAGGGAGGCGCCGGCUGC